AUGCAUGCAUCAUUUGACAUUACACAGCUUCACUUGGACAUCCUCCCAUUACACCUUGGACCUACACCUGGACAUCCUCCCACUACACCUUGGACCUACACCUGGACAUCCACCCCUUAUACCUGGUACCUACAACACCUGGACAUCCACCCCUACACCUGGUACCUACAACACCUGGACAUCCACCCCUUAUACACACCCACCCCUUAUACACACCCACCCCUUAUACACACCCACCCCUUAUACACACCCACCCCUUAUACACACCCACCCCUUAUACACACCCACCCCUUAUACACACCCACCCCUUAUACACACCCACCCCUUAUACACACCCACCCCUUAUACACACCCACCCCUUAUACACACCCACCCCUUAUACACACCCACCCCUUAUACACACCCACCCCUUAUACACACCCACCCCUUAUACACACCCACCCCUUAUACACACCCACCCCUUAUACACACCCACCCCUUAUACACACCCACCCCUUAUACACACCCACCCCUUAUACACACCCACCCCUUAUACCUGGGACCUUCACCUGGACAUCCACCCUUUACACCUGUUUUCUACACCUGGACUUUCACCAGUUACACCUGGUACCUACAACCAGACAUCCACCAGUUACACUUGGUACCUACACCUGGACAUCCACCAGUUACACCUGGACAUCCACCAGUUACACCUGGUACCAAUCUACAACCAGACAUCUACCACUUACACCUACUACCUACACCUGGACAUCCACCAGUUAUACCUGGUACCUAAACCUGGACAUCCACCAGUUACACCUGGUACCUAAACCUGGACUUUCACCAGUUACACCUGGUACCUACAACUGGCCAUCCACCAGUUACACCUGGUACCUAUGCCUGGAUAUCCACCUGUUACACCUGGUACCUACACCUGGACUUUCACCAGUUACACCUGGUACCUACACCUGGACUUUCACCAGUUACACCUGGUACCUACACCUGGAUAUCCACCAGUUACACCUGGUACACCUACAACCACACAUCCACCAGUUACAACUAGUAGUUACAUUUACACCUGGUCAUCCACCAGUAACACCUGGAAGUUACACCUGGACAUCCACCUAUCAGACACACCUACGCACACCUAUCAGACACACCUACGCACACCUAUCAGACACACCUACGCACACCUAUCAGACACACCUGUGCACACCUAUAAAACACACCAAGGCACUACUAUUGGAUACACAUGGGCAUGCUUACAAACAACAUCUGGGAACACCAGUAUCACUUCACCAAGCUUUAUAGAAAUUAUAUACCAAAUCU